GGAAAACACGGCCCCCAUUAAACAAAUUAAUAGUAUGAAGGGAUAUUUGGAUAGCGUAUGGGAACGUGAAAAGCGGAUGAGGUGGUGGCGUGUCCGUUUCUCAUUCGAAGCUUCUUCAGUUAUCGCCAAAAGCAAGUCACCUCUCUUUAACUGCCGGAGAUAGUGAAUGAGUGAUGGCUGCCUGAUUGAUUACCACUCAGCUGAUGGAACCAGACAAGGGAUAAGGGACACUAGAAAGAUAACCGCUCAAUCAGGCAAUAUAUUAACCCACGUAUCUCAACUUUGUCCUCUAAAUUCAUAAAUUUUAGGGUGGGGUUUUUUUUUUUUUAAUAUAUUUCUGUUGUGGAGAGUUUGCUGUAUGCUGUCAUGCACAAGCAGAAUAUGCUCCACAGUAACGCCUCUUUCAUUUUCAGAAAAAAUCUUGAUGGGCAACUCAAUUAUAGAAUUCCCUGUAGUCUGCCCAGCUUACAUAAUAAUCGAAGUCAUGUUAAUUCUUGUCUUAUGAGGGUCAAAACACCAGCUAUGACUAUAACUGCUGGCUUGGACUCAUUGGAAAUUAGCCACACAUUGCAUCCUGGAUGUAUCAAAGGUGUGGCUGAUGAAAAUCAAGGGCAAUUAUCUGACGAAGAUGAUGACCUCUGUCCUGUGGACUGUGUUAGAGAAUUUAAGACUGAUGAAGAGUUUUUGAAAAUCCUUGAUAAGGCCAAGGAAACAAAUUCUUUAGUUGUGGUAGAUUUUUAUCGAACUUCCUGUGGAAGCUGUAAGUACAUUGAGCAGGGUUUCUCAAAACUAUGCAAGGGUUCUGGCGAUGAAGAAGCUGCAGUAAUUUUCUUGAAACAUAAUGUACUUGAUGAGUAUGAUGAACAAUCUGAAGUUGCUGAAAGACUUAGAAUCAGGGCAGUGCCUCUCUUCCACUUUUAUAAAAAUGGAGUUCUCUUGGAAGCAUUUCCAACCAGAGACAAGGAGAGAAUUGUUGAAGCCAUUCUGAAGUAUACAUGUACCACUCAAGAUGCUUAAGCAAAGGCGGUUAUAUUUUCGAACUUUGCUUUUGCAGUAAAAUAUUGAGAUACUUGGACUGGAUUAGACAAGAAUAACUGGUAUAGAACGUAUUACUACUGUAACCAUUAUUCAUAUGGUGUACUUAAAAAUUGAAAAUGUUGUUUCUAUUGUUCUGUCUGUUGACCGUA